GGCGCUUCCAGCACAGUCACGGGUGCAGGGCGGGGCUGCGGAAAGUUUGGAAACAUGGAGGUGCCCGCUGUGAACCUCAAGGCACAUCCUGUGUUUUACUGAUUAGCAGCUUCCGUUUGGUCUGCAGGGUGAAAUGGGGGAGAAGCAGCAUUUUGUAGCCUUUCGUGAACAACUGAAAUAAAAAUCAACAUUAAAAACCUGUUUAAAUGGCUUUUGGUGUUGUGACAAAAUCCAGCCUACCCAGCAUUAAUGCUUAGUCCCAGCUAUGCCAAGGCAAUCGUUCUGGUGCACUGGCUGCUCACGACAUGGGGAUGCUUGGGGCUUCCGCCAUCCUACGCAUGGGGAAACUUCACCGUCCUGGCAGUGGGGGCGUGGGCAAUUGCUCAGCGAGAGUCCAUCGAUGCAAUAAUCAUGUUCCUGACUGGCUUGUUGAUCACGAUCCUCCUGGACAUCAUUAACAUCAGCCUCUUCUAUCCCCGGGAUAGCUCUCUGACUGACCUGCAGCGCUUCGAUGCAGGCAUGGCCAUCUUCAGCCUCCUCCUCAAACCCUUGUCAUGUCUCUUUGUCUAUCAGAUGUACCGGGAGCGUGGGGGAGAGUACGUCGUCAACCUAGACCUGGAGUCCUCGUCCGACAGUCGCUUUACCUGUGACGGUUUCCUCAGCGUGGGCCGGGAACGCAGCUCAUACCAGUCGAUUGAUCAGCAAGAUGCGCCUUGCCCGUACCCUGAUCUGGACAGCAAGCCAGCCCCACAUCCCUUCUGAGGCUCCCCCUUGCCAGAAACAGAGAGCAGGAUCUCACUGAUGUCCCCCACCCAACAAGAAAUUAAAAACUACCCCUCCCUGUUUCCCCCCCCCCCCCAAUUGGAGUAGGCUCUAAAAUGAGCAAGCAGGAGAGGAUCUAAUUUUACUCUCCUCCCUUUGAGCAUCCAUCCCUUCCUGAAGGUGUUUAGGUGGACUGGGUCCUGCAGUGAGUUCAGAAUGUCCUGGAGAUGUCAGUUUAAGAACCAUAGGUCUGUCUAACCCUACCACGCCCUGCCCCACAAUGUCACUAUUGUCUGAGUAAUUGCAAGAACCUUCCCUGUAGUCUCCCAGAUCCAACGCUCUGCAGCUCCUGCAUCAGUGAUACACCCCGCUACCCAAGAUGUUCAUGAAGAAGCUAGCUUAAAAGGCUCUUUUAAAUGUCCAUCUGACUGGGCAGCAGUCUACUGAGCCAGUGGGGGGGACCUUGGUCAUAUGGAUAAAGCUCACAAGUGAUUACUGCUGGUGUUCACAGAAACUCUCCAGUUUCAGUGAGGUGUGGUGGAUGCUCAUAAAGUUGUGUUCAUGCUGGUAACUGCCCAGGCUAGCUGAGAGUAAUUGCACACAGCUGGGCUGAGAGAAGGUGGGUCUGCGGGCCCAAGGAGUUCUUAUGCUCCCUCUGUCUAGCCGUGGGUUUUCAUUUGUUGUUUGUAUGCAGGUUUCAAGUCCACAAGGACCCUGUGCAAUGACUGUUACUUGUGCGUUGUAAAUAUGUUGUGCCUUAAAACACACUUUUUGCCUUCACUUGGCAUCUAAAUAGAACUUAAUUUUUUUUUCUAAAAUAAAAGGAGCACCUUAGCACUGA